UCAAUCUAUAGAGAGUUUGCGGUAUGUAGUGAAUUGCUUAUUAAAGAAAAUUAUUGGUUUUUUAAGACGAAAAAUGCCGAAAAAAGUAGUUGACAAAAUGAGAUGAAAACCAUGGUAUAAAAAUACAAGGUAUAACCGAAAGGAUUCGAUCACGAUUCGUUUUUUAAGCGUUCUGCGCAGCUUGGCUUUAAACGUCAUAGUUUAGUGGCGUCUUACUGACUGCGUUACUUUUUCGUCAUCAUUUCGUUCGUCUAGUUUUUUUUACAAGUAAUUUCAGUGUUUCAAGAAAGAUUUCUUCUUAAAUAAAGAUUCCUUUAUUAGUUACUUUAAUUUGUACCCAUCUUUCUCUUUUAAUGAGUGAGAAUCAUAGAUAAAUCGCCCAUAGAACGUAACGUCAUACAUUGAGUGUAAUUUUUUAGUAGAUAUUUUGAUAUAAAAAAUGACUUUGGACACACCGCCAUCUGAAGAAUUCAUCAAAGAAGUUAUUUUUAAAAUAUUUCAAAAUAAGAAAAAUGUUUCUUAUAAAAUUGAACCGGGAUCAAACGUUGGUGAUGGUUUUUUAGGAAUAACAGCUUCGAUAACGGUUAAUUUUGAGGAUGAAAUAAAACAUAUUUUUAUGAAAAUGGCCUCAAAAAAUAAUUUAAUGAGGGAGCAUGUGUUUCAAAGAGAUCUUUUUCAAAGAGAAAGUUAUUUUUAUUCGAAAGUACUCUUUAUUAUGAAAAAUUUGUAUGAAGAUUGUUUCAAAAAAGAAUUUCUUCUUCCUAAUUGUUAUUACACUUCCAAUGAAGACAUUAAAGAGUGUAUUGUUUUAGAAAAUUUAUCACAAAGAAAUUACAACUUGAUCAAAUCAAAAUGUUUUGAUAAGAAUCAAUUAUUAACGGUGCUACAUACUUAUAGUCAAUUACACGCUUGUGGUUUUAUGAUAAAAUUAAAAAAUUCAGAUGAAUUCGAAGACUUUUCAAAGAAAUUUGAACGAAAUUAUUUCAAAAAACACUUCGAUAAGUUUGGUUUAUCAAAAGUUACAAUGAAAAGUUUAGAUAUUUUAAAAAAAUCUUUGAAUCUCCAUCAAGAUGAAAUUCUUUUAAACAAAUUUGACGAAAUAAAAAAACUUGUUAUCCAAGCCGUGAAUGGAUUGUUGGUCCAAGAAAAUUAUUCAACAAUUAUACAUCAAGAUUGUUGGCGAAACAACAUAAUGUUUAAAUACGACGAUAACAAAAUCCUUCAAGAUAUUAAAUUAAUCGAUUUUCAAAUGUGGUGCGUCAACACUCCUAUUUUCGAUGUGGCGGCGUUAAUUUACACCAAUACAGCGUCGAAAGAAAUUCUAGAUGAUCUAAAUUAUUAUUUAACAUUUUAUUAUAAUUCUUUAUCGGAUUCAAUUCUUAAAAUGGGAGGAGAUCCUUUAGUUUUGUAUCCAAAAGAAAUUUUUAACCAACAGUGGAAAAAACACAAUUUUUACGGUUUAUGGAUCGCGAUUGUUGUAGUUCGCGGAUUAUUAGCCCCCGUAGAAAUGCUACCAAAUUUAGUUGAAUAUGUUAAAAAUAAUAUCCCUUUGGAAAAUUCUUUUAUGUUUGAUCUUCCGGAUGAAAAUGAAUACUGUGAUCGAUUAAAAUUACUUUUACAUCACUUUAUAGAGAAUAAAUAUGUUUAAAUAAAAAUCAAUAAUUAAAAUCUA